CGCUAUUCUUUAGUUACCACUUAAAGUGAGCUUGUAACCAGAUAUUACGCAGAAGAGCUUUUUUGUUUCAGAUUUUGAGUUAAUUUUGUCAUUAUAUCUCAGAUUUCCAAAUGUUUCAGCCACUCGAAAUAAUAGGUAGUUCUUCAAGCGCGGUACGUAUGUAUUUGCCGUAUAGUCGACACUCCGACUACUUAAUUAAGUAUAUGAUCUUGUCGUAAUCAAUCUAAAGCUUAAAUAGCCAUACGGGGAGUAAUGCUGAUACCUAAUGGCCUUGGCUCAUUCUUAUCGAAAAGCUACUUCAACUAUAAAGCGUCAUUUCUAAAAGACACCAUUAUUGUUAUACAUGGAGAUGAUUUUAUCAAUUUUAUUCUAAAGGAUGUGAUUGGCCACCAAGAUGAUCAACACAAUGAAUGCCUCAUGUUUUCAAUCAAAGCUUUCAAACUGAUGUGGCAGUUUCGGACGUGUGGAGUUCAACCAAUUUUCAUCUUCAAUGGCUACUUUUAUAAUAUUCAAUAUCAGUUGGAUAGUAGUGAUCAAAUUUCAUCUGUGAUCAAUCGCUACAAAUCAACUUUCAUGGAUAUUUUAAAACGCUGCAAUAUGGCAUACAUGACGUCGUUUUUCCUAGGUCACUUUGAUGCAGCUGUCUUAUCAGUGUAUUUAAACUGUCCGCUUAUAGCAUCCAAUUAUGAUAUAUACUAUAUGUUAGCUGUUCAUGUUAAUACAGAGAAGGCAAAUACCAUUCAAGAAUUAACUUACAUGCCCAUUCACCUUCUUGACUUCUCUAUCUGUGAAAAUGAGCCUUUUAUCUUAUGUCAUGUUUUCCAACAAAAAUGUUCUAAUUUGUCAUCAGUACAACCAUAUUUGUGGCCGGUGUUAAGUGUUUUAUAUUCUGAAAGUUCAGAAACACGCUCGUAUUUAUGUAAGCAAAUAAAAUGUGAUCGGACAAAGUAUUCCAAUAUGACUAACGCCAACCUGCAAGAAUGGCAUCUUUUAGUUGAUUGGCUUAUGAAUUUAUUUGAUAUGAAUUCUGUAACAACCUAUGAAUAUAUCAUUAAAUUAUAUGAUAUAACAAAGCGACCAGUUAUUACUGCCUACCUACUGGAUUGCGCUGCCUUUCUUAUGAGUGAUAUGCAAAAGAAUGGACACCUAAUAGCCUCUUACUUGAAUCUAACACCAUCAAGUUCUUUGGCGUGUUUGCGUACACUAGAUGGAAUUGUUAAUAGCACGCCAAUGAUAUCUAAAUCUUUGCAACAACUUAACCAAUGGGCGAAAGCAUUCAAUGUUAACUUGUUGAGUAAAUUCAGUUAUCCGAAGAAUUGGCCAGUUAGUUGGAUAGAAGUAUAUCGUAGAGUUAAAUUGUCCCCAGUCAUUAUUAAUGUCCUGGAUCAAUUAAAUCAAUCAGUUGAAAAGUUAUUUCCAUCAGUUCAUGCUUAUGCCGUCAAUUUAAGAUUGAUCAUCUAUUGUAGUCUACAGGGUUUAAAAAGUUGUAAAAAUAUAAAACAGAGUGUAAAGAUAAUUGACUAUGCGUGGGAUGAUAAAACAAUGAAUAAAAUCACUCUGAAUAUUACUCCACUAAUGAAUGAUCCUUUUGGAAGUAUUUCAGUCGAUGAAAUGUUAAGCAAUCAAUUGAACAUCUUGUUUCUUCCGGAUAAGUCAGAUCUUGACUGGAUUUUCAGCCUAGCCUUUACUUUGGCCUUAUGGUAUAAACAAUACUGUCUUAAUAACCCAAACUGUACAGACUGUUUCGAAAACUCUCCAAUUGGUUUAGCUAUUGCAAUAUGUGCUAUCGCCAAUGUAUUCAAUGAUGAAUUCGCCAGUCACAAGGUACUUGAACACUACCAACGACUAGUUGUUCUUAUCAGAAAAGAAGUAGCCGAUUACCGUGAAAGAAAUCCACCCACAGAACAGUCAAGAAGUCCAGAGACGAUAACUGCAAAUAAUUCAUCUAGUCUAAUUGCUGUACAACACAUUUACAAUGAAUUGCGAACUGUUGUCUCAUUGCUUAACUAUUUGAUAAGAAGUGAUAAACUUAAAUCGAAAUUGUUUCACUUUCAACCCUGUUGGAUUCUAUUUCCUUCCGUUGAUUUAGUUGACAGUUUUUCGCACUAUAUAGACAUUCAAUUACCUUCAGUUCGAUUUAUUCAUCUUCAGUGUUACUGGCUGGCUCGUCUGUAUUGUGAGAAACGAUCAACAGUUAAGUUGGACAAGUUGAAAAAUGAAUUUGAGCAUUUAGUUAGCCUUGUCUCAUCGCUUUGUGAACGAUCAUCAUCUAUGCUAAAUUUAAAGUCGAUCAAUAUGGAAGAAGUUAGUAAAUUUCCAUAAAUUUAUCGACAUAUUUUCACAUCCAGUUGAAGAUUAUUAUUAAUAUAUAAUAUUAUUAUUAUUAUAUAAUCACGUUUGCCAACAAGACUAAUAAACUCCAUCAGAUUUGAACAUAUUUUAUUUUUGCUUUGUUGUUCCAUUGUUCACUAAUUAAUUAAUUUUACAUGUGUUUUUGUUUUGUCGGUUAAUUUAUGCAAUAAAUUUACCAAUAGA